CCUGCCACCUUGAGGAAUUUCGGAAUGGAAAUUUGUGAAAACAACAACAAACAUACGUCAAUGAGGAUCUUCUGCGUUUAGCUGUCAGGAAAUUAUGUUUAAGAUUUUACAAGACAGAUAUUACGGAUUAGAUAGCAAACAAAAACUAUACAAUGCUGCUAAAGGAAAUAUUGAUUUCGUACAAAGACUGAAAUUACACAAGAAAAUUGAAGUUCAUUCUGGAUGUGUAAACACGAUUUGCUGGAAUGAAACGGGACAAUAUCUGUUAUCUGGGUCAGAUGACCAACACCUAGUUAUAUCAGAACCAUGGACUGGAAAGUUUACAUCUGUAAGGUCAGGACACAGAGCCAACAUAUUUAGUGCCAAAUUCCUCCCAUAUUCCAAUGAAAAGAUUAUUAGCUGCUCGGGGGAUGGCAAAAUCUACUACACAGAUGUGGAUACCAGCUCUAGAAAUAACUUAUUUGAUUGUCAUUUUGGAACAACAUAUGAGGUGAUAGUAAUCCCCAGUGAAUCCUCCACUUUCCUGUCAUGUGGAGAAGACGGCACGGUCCGCUGGUUCGACCUCAGGGCCAAGACUUCCUGUGUAAAAGAGGACUGCAAGGAGGACAUCCUGAUCAACUGUAGGAGAGCAGUGACCUCCAUUGCUGUCAAUCCGUUGAUUCCGUAUGAGCUGAGCAUUGCCUGUGCGGACAGCUCUGUCAGAAUUUACGACCGAAGGAUGCUGGGAACUAAAGCCUCAGGUUCCCACAGCAGCAAGGGAAUUCUGGGAAUGACCUGUAAGUUCACAGCACCUACCCUGUCCAGCAGACCUCACAGGAUUACCUCCCUUGCAUACAGUCCCAAUGGGGAGGACAUCCUGGUCAGCUAUUCCUCAGAGUACAUCUAUCUCUUUGGAUCAAAGGAUUUUAAGACAAAUAGGUUACAGACCCCUGCUGAAUUUAUUCAAAAGUCAAAACACAAAGCUGAGCGGCUAGCAAAGAAAGUGAAAUCGUCUGACUUGUUUGCUGAGAAACCUACAAAGCCGCCUCCUAAACACAAAACUCCUGAGCCCCAACAUUCCUCUAGAGGUUCCAGGGAUCCCCCUGCUGACCUCCCACUGUCCAGCACCCCUCCCCGCACCUCUUCCUCCCCCAGAUUGUCCACUUCUGAGGGGGUCACCUCCAUGUUACUUCCUCAAAGUCCUUCUGGAUCAUCGUUACGACAACCACCAAUCAAAAGGCUACGUCUACGUGGAGAUUGGUCAGACACUGGACCUCAUGCCAGACCGGAGAGUGAGCGACAUACUAAUGAACAACCAGACAGACAGACCACCAUUAUGCAGAGGAUGUCUGACAUGUUGACGCGAUGGUUAGAUGGAAAUCUGAGGCGACAAGAGGAGGAGGAGAGGGAAGAUGAGGCCGCAGGGAGGGGGUCUGAAGCCCAGGCCUCGGGGGGUCAGGACGUGUCAGGGGAGAGAAGUGGUGAUGUUGUCAAUGAAUCAGCUCCAGCUGCUGAAGACAUGGAUACAGAAAAUACAGUUACCACUGAUAGAAGAACUCAAAAUUCUACAGGAAUAAACCAAGACUCUAGUGUAGAAAACCAAGCCUCAGACACAGAAAACCAAGAUAUAAGUGACAGAAAUCAGGACAAUAUCCACAGUUUAGACAUUAAUCCCCAACCAGAGUGUGAUAACCAGGGCCCAAGCUCCACAUCAAGUGCAAUACAAAACCCUCGCAGUCUUUCAGAUCCACAGGUGACAUUAGCAGAAAAUGAGGCAAGUGUGCAAACUCGUUCCGUAGGACCUGCCUCAAGGGGGACAGCAAACACUGAAGAAAACCAGGGUAUAUCGGGGUUGAGGAGUUCUGUUGAAAGAAGGGGACAACAUGUGGGACUGUUAGUGCAAGAAGAGCCAGUGAUUAGUCUUCAGUAUUCUUCUGAGGGUACCACUAGUAGUACUGUCAGACUUGGCUUUGCCAGGUUUGAAAAUCUAGAAGCUGGAAUUCUGGAGCGAAGUGCUGAAAACGCCUCAUUGCAGCCUUUAGUUAGAGAGGCAACUCCCACUAGUAGUAGAGACUUUGAAAGCCAUGAAGCUGCUGAAGGGAGUGAAGAGGCAAAGAGAGAGGAUUCUGUAGGGUUUGCAGACUCCACAGACAGCAGCGAUAUUUUUGACAGUGAUUCUUUCUCAGGAGAGUCUGGAAAAGAGGAAUCAGGAGAGAAAAGUGAAAAUACUGUUAUUGAAACUGAAACUAAUUCCACAGCUGAAUCUCAGAGAGCAGAAAAAUCCAGUGAAAUUUUAGUGGAGUCAGAGAGUGAGAACCAGCCAUGCAGUAGUUCACAAGCAGACGGUCAAACACAGAGAGCGGGGAGAAGAAAGGCAAGUGCAGCAGUCAAGGAGAAAAUCAGGCAGAUUGGGAGGAUGAGGAUCUUAGAGCGACUCUGUAGGGAGAGAGGGUCAGGACUGCAGCCGGACAGAUUCACUGGGGACAGUGGGACGUCCGAGGAGGAAGAAGAGGAAAUACCUGUUGUAAGGGGCGCCAGUCACUUGUCUGAUCAUGCUACAGGUGAGCAUGAAGAAGAUGUUGAGAUAGAGAACAGAACAAGGACAUCUGAUCAUCAGGGGAACGAGGCUGCCAGCUCUGAUGAGGAGGGGGAGGGUCAAAGCAGGGAGACCCUGGAGAGACACAUCACCGCUAUCCGACUCCAGGAACUGUACAAGAAACGUCAGGAGGAGCGGGAAAAUGAGGAGAUAGAAACAAGGAGUAUACACCAACCUCUCCACAAGAUCAAGUUCAAAGGUCACAGAAACGCCAGAACCAUGAUAAAAGAAGCCAAUUUUUGGGGAGACCAGUUUGUGAUGAGUGGGUCUGACUGUGGCCAUAUCUUUAUCUGGGAUCGAUACACAGCCAAGCUAGCCAUGCUGCUGGAGGCUGACCGACAUGUUGUUAACUGUCUGCAGCCUCAUCCUAUAGAUCCAAUUUUGGCCUCCAGUGGUAUUGACUAUGAUAUCAAACUAUGGAUGCCUCUAGAAGAGAAUCCCCACUUUGAAGAAGAAAGAGCAGCUGAGAUUAUGAGACGUAAUGAGGUGAUGUUAGAAGAAACACGGGAUACCAUCACCGUUCCUGCUGCUUUUAUGCUCCGAGUUCUAGCGUCUCUGAACCAGAUUAGGGCAGGCAAAGCAUCCUCCAGUAAUGAACCUGUGGUUGAAAAUGACUCCUCAUCUAGUGAUUCUGAGUGAUGUGAUACCAAUGUAACUUGUAUAUAGCAGACCCACUUGCUAAACUUUUAUGAUAAAACCUUACCUAUGUUGACAAUUCCAGUAUUUGUUUUACAGUUAAACUCAAUGCUGAACUGUAGAAAAUAAGAUUUUCUAAACUGAAAACUGUAUUGAUACACAACUAAUUUUCCAUUUAAGAAUUAAAUGUCAACAAAUACAU